CCCCAUAUUUCUUUCCUCAACUCCACUUCUCCUCCCACCAUACCCACUCACCAACAUCCUUCAUUUCUCUCUCUUUCUCUCUCCACUCCCCCCACAAACUCCCAAAUUUAAUUUAAAAAAACCCCACAAAAUUCAACUCUCAACAUCAACCUGGCUUCAUCUCCAUGAAAAAACACCAGCAUCACCAUCACCAUCUCUCCAUUUUCACCACCUUACUAACAUUCUCUCUCCUCCUUCAAACCCAACCCACAACCUCAGAUCCAAACGACGAAGCUUGUUUAACUCAACUCUUCACCUCUUUACAAGACCCAACUCACAGCCUCAAAAACUGGACUCUCCCAAACUUCUCUAACCCAUGCAAUGGUUUCGACUCACACCUCACAGGUGCCACGUGUAACAACGGUCGCAUCUUCCGUCUUUCUCUCUCUUCUCUCUCUCUUCACGGAACAAUCUCACCAUCUCUUUCAAAAUGUACAAACCUUCAAACCCUAGACCUUUCCUCAAACUCUAUCUCCGGUGAAAUCCCUUCAGAGUUAAAAGACCUUUCUAACCUCGCCGUAUUAAAUCUCUCAGGUAAUCGUCUUUCCGGUGAGAUCCCACCAACACUUUACCUUUGUGCUUACCUUAAUAUCAUCGACUUACAUGGGAAUCUUUUAAGUGGGACUAUACCUCAACAACUUGGAUUACUUGUAAGACUUACUACUUUUAAUGUUGCUUAUAAUAAAUUGUCGGGAAUGAUUCCACCUUCUAUUGGGAAUCGAAGUGGGAAUUUACCUAGGUUUAAUGCGACGUCGUUUAGAGGGAAUAAAGAAUUGUAUGGGUAUCCUCUUGAACCGUAUAAGAAUCAUGGAUUGUCUGUUGGAGCGAUUGUUGGAAUUGGGCUUGGAAGUGGGCUUUUGAGUUUGAUUGUUAGUUUUACUGUUGUUUGUAUUUGGUUGAAGGUUUCUGAACAGAAAUCUGCUGCUGCUCAAGAAGGAAAGAUUUCUCAUAUCAUGCCUGAUUAUUGAUUUUUUUUUUAUGGGAAUUGUUUUUAAGUAUUUUCAUUUUUAGUUUAGAAAACAUCUUCCUACUUUUUUUUUUUUUUUAAAUCAUUAGCUAUUGAUCUUGAUUUUUAGAGGAUUUUGUGGGUUUAUUUUCUUCUUUUUGGGUGAUUUUUAAGGGUUUUUUUGUUUUUUUUGUUUCCGGAAAUCGACAAUGUACAAAGAAACGGAAAAAAAUUCAACAUGUGAGAUUUUUAUUACUGGAGAAAUGCUCCGUUGUAGUAUAUACGAAUCGAUGUUCAUUUCUUCGUUA